UGUAUAUCGAUAUAUUUCGUACAUCACUAAGUCAUUUAACAAAAUUUAAUUCUAUUUUGCGUCUAAAGAAAAACAACUCAUUUAAAAUGAGUUUACCACCAAUGUUAUUGCAACGACUUAAGUCACGGGGGCUGGUUACUAAACAAAAUGCUCAAACACCUGUUUCCGAAACAGUAGAAGAAAUUAUUGCGGAAAAUUAUGAUGAGGACGACAAAAAUCAGCAACACUCAAGCGUUGAGACUAGCACAUAUACUAGUAAAAAUACUGCGAUUAAUGAGCAUUACUGGGCUGAUAGGAUUAAAGAACGAAUGGAAGUUACAGAGUCACACCAUGGAUUUAAGUUUUGCCCAAAUACAUAUAAUAUAUGGCACAACUGCACAUUAUACUGUGUAAACAAAUGGGCAAAUGGGAGGCCAAAGCCAAAAGACAACUACCUUAGACGUUAUAGAAGAUUAAUUCGUAAAUACCCACUUGGCGCCAAUUGGAAGGAUGUUUAUGAUAAUGGUUGUGGCGUCUACUAUUUUUACAAUUCAGCAACUCGAAAGGUAUCGUGGUUACCUCCAACACAUCCAAAUGCACGAAUUUCAAAUAGUGCAGCCACUUUUCGAAAACAAUUGGCCAAUUCAAAUGACGAAUACAAUUUCGAUACAAAAGAUUUUGCGUCAACUAAUUAUAAUGAAAGAGAGACUGGCGUGCAUCCAUCAACUUUCAUUCCAUCUAAGAAGCAGAAGAAGCGAGAUUUGGAACGCACAUUUUUACGAAAGCAACGCCUUUAAAAUUAUAAAUAUAACAAAGAAAUGUUCUCAGAUUGUUCAACAAAAUAUACAAAUAUUUUUGAAGCAAA